AAUCGAGAGACCCUGCGUGCUGUUCAGCAAGAGCACAAACGCCACCUUGACAAUCGAGUCUGUUGAUAUCUCUUUCCCCAGUUUAGUGCAAGUUCUGUGCAAAUCAGUCAUCACAAUGUCUCCAGGUAGGAUAGUCGCAGACAAGGAGUACGACUUCAUCGUGUGCGGUGGAGGCACAGCAGGAUGUGUCGUGGCGGGCAGACUCGCCGAAGACCCCAAUGCGCGGAUCCUCGUCGUCGAGGCCGGGCCUCACAAUAAGGACCUCGAGAACGUCCACAUGACGGGCGGCUGGUCCAAGAAUUUCGACUCGGAACUCGACUGGAACCUUGUCACUCCGCCCAUGAAAGGCAUCAACGGCAGACAAGUCAAACUCAGCCGUGGGAAAUUCCUCGGAGGGUCCAGUGGUGUCAAUGGCACCCUUUGUGUCAGAGGAAGCAAGCAAGACUAUGACGAUUGGAAUCUUCCAGGGUGGUCUGGAGAAGAAUUCUUCAAGUACAUGCGCAAGGCCGAAACGUUCCAUCCUAAGCCGUGGUUUCAAGCGGACGAGAAAGCCCACGGCUACAAUGGCCCGCUUCAUACAGAGCCCCACGACGUAGCACCGAUCACGAACCUGUUACUCGAGAGCAUGGAGGAUGUGGGAUUCCCGCUGGUGCACGACAUGUUCAGCAACGGCGAGACGCCUCAUGGCUGCGGCCAUGCAACACGGACCGUCCACAAGGGCAUCAGAACCACCGGGGCGGACUUUGUGACCAACGAUCAACACAAGGCCAAUAUCGACCUCAUGGUUGACACAGUCGUGGACAAGAUCAACUUUGAGGAAAAGAAUGGCCAACUACAAGCCACCAGCGUGGUGGUUGUCGACAAGAGCGGUGCAAGGGCGGAGAUCAAGGCCACAAAGGAGAUCAUUGUCUCUGGAGGCGCCUACUGUUCUCCAGCGAUACUUCUUCGAUCAGGUAUUGGUCCCAAGGCCGACCUGGAACAGUUAGGCAUCAAGUGUCUAGUCGACUCUCCGGGAGUGGGAAAGAAUCUGCUCGAUCAUCUUAUUGUGUUUGCUUUUUACGAGGUCACCAAGGAAGGGUUGACCAACGACCAUCUUGUAUACCAUGGGGAUGCUGCCAUGGCAGCAUAUAUGCUGUACAAGGAAAAGAAAGAAGGCAUUCUCUCUACAUUUCCUUUUGGCGCCCUUGCCUUUGCGAGACUAGACGAUCGUUUGAAGGAUGAGCCUCUAUGGAAGGAAGCAAAGACGGAGCCCGGCCGUGACCCAAUGGGUCUGACUCCCAAGCAGCCGAACGUGGAGUUUUUUACCACCGAGUUGUACGGUGGUCCCAAGCAAUAUGAUCAAUUUCCCAUCGACAAGAAGCACGCCUUUGCCAUGAUCACCGAGCUGUUUUCACCGCGGUCAAGGGGCACAGUCACUCUCAAAUCCAAAGACCCUCUCGACAACCCGGUGGUGGAUUGCAAUUAUCUUGCCGAUCCACUCGACAUGCUGGUCAUGUCCGAGGGCUGCAGGCUCGGCAACGAGAUUGUCAUGAACUUGAACAAGGUCGCCAAACAAGAGAUUGUGAAGGGAUCGUGGCCGUCAGAUCUGACACAUCAUGCUUAUACCAAACGGGAAGAAUGGGUGCCGCAUGUCCAAAAAGAGGCCACGACCUGCUAUCACGCGGCAGGUACUUGCAAGAUGGGUCGAGAUGACGAUAAGAUGGCCGUUCUUGAUGAAAAGCUUCAAGUCCGGGGAGUCCAAGGCCUCAGCGUUGCCGAUACCAGUGUGAUGCCUACUCUGAACGGUGGCCACACUCAAAUGCCUGCAUACGGCAUUGGCGAGAAAGCGGCCGAUCUGAUCAAGGCAAGAUGGUCCAAGGCUUAGGCUGGUUAGUGCAAGGAUGGUCUCCGAACGUCGACGGGCUGUUUUAUAGACACUGGCUGAGGCUAGCGCGACGUUGCAUUCAUAGAAGUCUUGGUUAUCUCGACCUUUUUCCCCGGUUACUGUCAAUGCCUACCUUAUAGUAUGCCACCCGUAGGACAGAAAGGACAAGGCUGAAGCUUUACGGAGUAACGACGAAGACGAGUAUCGACUCUUGGCACGGCCCAUAAUUGUGGAUACAGCGACGCUACGGGGCUCAAAAGCGGCGCCUAGAUUACCC